GCUGAGGAAGUGGAUGAUUCCGUCGGUUCCUGGCUGCGAGCAGAGACGAGGGGCCGAGCCCAAAGGGAAGAAAUGGCGAGAACGGUGAACGAGCGCGGCUGUGGAGCGGAAACACGGAGCCCGGAGCAGAAGGGACCGGGUCGAGGAGCGUCCAGGUGGGGCCCUCAACACGCAGGGGCCCGGGAACUGGCCACUCUGUACUCGCCAGGCAAAAGAUGCCAAGAAUGGAUCAGUGUUGUCCUCUGCUUCUCUCUCAUGGCCUUUAAUUUCAUUCACCUCCUUGGCAAUUUCCAUCUGGGGCAUUUGUGGCACAUUGUGUUGGGCAUCGUGCUUGGAAUACUCACCGCAGACUUUGCCUCAGGACUUGUUCACUGGGGGGCGGAUACGUGGGGAUCAGUAGAUCUACCCGUCUUUGGAAAGGCCUUCAUACGACCCUUCAGGGAGCACCACAUCGACCCCACAGCCAUCACCCGUCACGACUUCAUUGAGACCAAUGGUGACAACUGCAUGCUGACCAUAGUCCCUCUAGCAAACAUGGCCUUAAACUUCCUCAGCCUCCCCCCUGUGGAGAUUUACCGUAUCUACCCCUUGUACUGCUACUUGUUUGCACUGGCCAUCUUUGUGACCCUCACCAACCAGAUCCACAAGUGGUCGCACACGUACGUCGGCCUCCCUCGCUGGGUCCUGUUCCUGCAGGACUGCCACGUCAUCCUGCCCCGCAAGCACCACCGCAUCCACCACGUCUCCCCCCACGAGACCUACUUCUGCAUCACCACAGGUUGGCUGAACUACCCGCUGGAGAAGCUGGGUUUCUGGAGGAACCUGGAGGAUCUUAUCCAGGGUGUGACAGGAGAGAAGCCCCGAGCGGACGACCUGAAAUGGGCUCAAAAAGUCAAGUAACGCUGCAGGCGACCUUGCACCCUACCUCAGAAGAUGCUGGCUCCGUCCAGGCUUCUCGUCCCCUCUCCUGCCUCAUCAAACUGUAAACUAACUAACCCUUUCUGAUGCCAUCGCUUUAAGUCUUGCACAUUCUGUCUGUUUUCCAGAGGGGGGCUUUGUGGAUUGAACUUCUCGUUAUUACUCGUGGAGAUCUUUAUUUAAAAUCGCAAUAUAUCUUUAACUCGCCAUAUAUUCAACACCACUUGUCCGUUUUUUGAGGUGACUUACGAAAGAGUCCUGCUCAGAAGGUUUGAUUAGAUGCAUGAUUUGAAAUCUCUGUCCGAGGAGUUUAAAAGAUUUCCCUCAUGUCAAAAUUCAAACGAUCUCAUGAAAGAAAACUAACCCAAUGUGGAGAGUUGAUAAAUCAUAUUUUUAUCUUUUCUGGAUCAGUCUUUUCAUCCCCACCUUAUGAAGGGUCUACUUGAUGUGAAGUAAUAAAACUGGAUUUAGGCCCUCGUAAGUCAGAGGGUUGGGGAGAUAUGAGAUGCUAAAGAACAAAUAGCUUGAUUACUGUUACAUUAGUUUUUUAAAGCGAGGAGAUGAUGAGAUUACUUGUUGGUUCAGUGUUGAACUUUCUGAUUCUAGUGACGCAGCAUGUUCAAUAGUUCAGUCCGAGACAUCGACUACAAUUACAGUGGAAGAGUCGGAUCCAAACCACACACCAGCAUCGAAAUGAUUCGUCUGACAGCUUAGAACAUUUCAAAUAAACAAACAGAAAAGAACAAAAAAAGGUACUUUCAUUUGAAUUUGAUUUCUGCUUGUUAUUUGGCCUCUGAAACUCCAAACACUGAGGACGUGAGGCUCAGUGAGGACGUACAGUCUUUUGAUUUUAACUGCAUGUAACUGUAGUCAGCGUUGAUGCCAGACUAUUAAUACACAUGUAUCAUGCUGCUGUUGUUGUUGUGCCAAGUCUUUUCAGACGAUGUCCACUGAGAAAAGACUUUUGUGUUUUGACUCCUAGUGAAGAGACGGUUCUGAGGGAAACGGGCUCGUACAGUUUUGUCUAGUUGCCUUAACACUGUAAACGCAGCUCUCGUGUUGUUCUGUUUGUCAGAUUUGUGUCUCAGUCAGACGCAGAUUCUCCAAAGUCGUGUGCCAACUUGACACAUUGACACCUGGCAUUAAGAUCCGUCCUGGUUGAUCAAAUGCUGCUCGGCCACAUGGAAGUCCAGGUGUUGAAAUCACCCAGGACGCAUUUAGGACGGAGUGUGAUCUGAUUGACCGUUAGCCGCUAGAAGCCGUCCUCACAUUAUUCAAGACACCUUUUGGAUGAGUGAAGAAAACACAAUAAAGCAGCGUCAGGGAUGGCAGCCAUCUUCCUCUCUUCAUGAGGAGGAAGAUGUGAGCUGGACAUUAAUACCAUGUGUAAAAUGUAAUCAGGUUCAAAUCAUAUCAAGAUAAAACAAUGUGGAUACGAGAGGCGUGUUAAUGCCAGGUGUAAAUGGAGUACUUUUUUUUGUAAUGUGGCAAGCAACUGUCAGUUUCCGAGCGGAACAUUCCCAGUGAAUAAUGUCGCCACGGCAACUGACGUUACCGUCUUGGUAACUGUGAGUUGACUUGUGAUGUCACAAGGGCUUCUGGUGAUGGCUGACGAGGAGAUGAGAUUGUGACUAAACUUCCUGGUUUUGUAAUUUGUAAAUGUCUUGUACAGCAAAUAACUAUGCAUUGUAAUAAGAGGCCCUUAACUAUACGUCUUAACUAUGAUUAUGUUAAAUUGCCUUUCUACUCUUAAUAGUUAUCACUUAUGUGCUUGGUUGGAGACUUGGAGCUGGAAACCUACUCAACAAACUGCACAACAGAACUUUAACUACUGAAGAGGUCACUUCCACAGACGCAUGUCGAACAUUGUGUUCGCUCCAAAGAAAUGAAUUCUUACCUCUUACAGAAAGAUUUCCCCAAACGUUUGACCAAACUGUACCAAAAUAAAUGUUGUUUUCAUCCUACCUGGGUUGACCAGGUAAAGGCUUGAUUGUUGUACUACAAGCAGGUCAUUUAAUUAUAGUUAUUGUUAACUUUGAAACCAAAAUUUUAUUCAGUUUUAUAUUCUGUAAUAUUCCACAUCUUGAAUCCGUCAUAGCAGUUCUGUGUUCGGAGAAUAUGGGGUUUGCUGAUAAAUGAAUUAUAUCAGGUGUUUCAAAUUCUACGCCUACUAAGAUAUUGUUGACACAUUUGAACUUUGACACAACUUGUUUUCUGAAUAGGAAGUUUGGUGUUGGCCACGCUGGGUGUUUCACGACUUCAUUUUAAUUGCUUUUUGUGGUAAUAAUAUAUAAAGAAAUUUUAAUUUAGGGACAUUUGGUGUUUUUGUGAAACAAGCAAAAUAGGACAAGCUAAAAUAAAAUGCCAUACUUAGUUUGGAGAUUGACAGAACUAAAGACCUUAAUAAUCUAAUCUAAAAUGGUUUGGACACAAACUAAACGUUUGUUGACUUAUUCUUCAUUCUUAUUCUCCAGAUGAUCUCAGGAUUGUGGUUAAGAUGAUUUUAUUAGUUUUAUAAGUUUGAUAUGAAUUCGUGAAGUUAAGGGCGUGUUUAAUAAUAGAUCAGUCACUGGGUUCUGUUGUAGCCACACAUCAGUGCAGUUAACUCCGCCUCUCGUUAUUGAGGUAGAACUUCUGCUUCGAGACGAUGGGCUUUAAUUAGUGGAUUCGAAGUGUUUGUUGUGACAAAAUGUGGUUGAUUCAAUAUUUUUCCCAAUGGAAACAAUUUGGUGGAAGCAAACAAACAUGUUAGUAAGUGGGUGGCAGUUGUUGGUAUGUUUGACAUGCUGCGUUGAAAUCGCUUGGACCUCUCACUCCUUCUGAGGUGAGGCCCAUCCGGAUGGUUAUAGUUGCCGGUCGUGAUGGAGUUUUAGAUAUCAGAAUAAUGCCUUGAUGCCUUUUUGUUGUCUUCCGUGUGGGAGACUUAAAAUGUAUAUAUUAAACUGUAUUUAUAAAUGAACUAAAUAAACAGUUGAUUAUUACUGCUA